UUUCAGAUGGUUGAAGAGGUAAUCGGUUUUCGAUCGAAACGUAGCAUGCUCUACGCAACAUUUUACGCCAAAUAUCAGGAUAUGGAGGAUAUGGCUACAACGACACCAGGGCUCAUGGCAGCUGAGAAUCCAUUUAAUUUAGAUAAUAUUGGAGAUGGAUUCGAUGUGUGGACACGUGGCGAGACACAGCUUCUAGUCCUGGCUGUAAUCGUUGUAAUUCUUGCGUUGAUAUUUGCUGCAAUUGUUGCAAUGGAUUGCGGGAGAAAUGGACCACCGAUGAUGAGAUCGGGAACACUUCGAGACAUCGUAUGGAACAAUGCUAAUCGGCGAAGAAGGAAUGAUUCUCAGAGAAAUGAGACGGGAAGAUCUGAAACUGGAAGAUCUGGAACUGACAACUCGUUUGGAGAUUUGAAAGCCCCGCCGCUCAGCUACUUGGCGCCUCCGCCAUAUGUCGAUCGCCGUCAAGAUUCAUCGCUUCCCAUAUAACUUUGAAAUCUCAAUAUAUUUUUUUUCUCAAACUAAUUUUAAGGCCAAUUAUUCAUUCUUUGUCGUGUUUUUCUAUUUAUUAUUUUUCAUUUUUCCAGUGUUGAAAAAGCCAAAACUAUUGCAAGAUAGAAUCAUUUCCAUUUUACUAUUGCAGGGUGUAAGUAUAUUUUUGAAUAAUUAUUGUUUAAGUUUAAUAAUUACCUGUAUAUUAUAUAAUAACACAUUUUAUUUCAAAU